AUGGAACAAAAAAGAAAAAAAUUAUCUGAAAGUCAAUACAAAAAGAAACGCUUAAAGAAUGAGGAACAAGAAAGAAAGCUCAGCAAUGUUAUGAUGAAAUUCUUAGUACAAAAGUGCGGUUUAGAUGAGCCAUCCACAUCAGCAGCAACUGAUUUGGCAAAUAACAACACAGUGCCGCCCCAAUCACUUCCAGAAGAAGUUGUUGAAGAGAGCCAAAUACUAACACCAUCAGAUCUUCAUGAACAGCCGGGCAGCACAUCCACGUCAACUGCGACUGCCUUGGAUUUGGCAAAUAAAAACACAGUGACGCCCCAAUCAAUUCCAGAAAAAAUUGUUGAAGAAAUCCAAAAAAUAACAUCAUCAGAAGUUCAUCAAGAACCGGGCCGCAUUAGCAGUGGCAGUCAGCAGGUAUUAAAAGAAAUUCCUUCAGAUCCUGCAUUAUGGCUUACUUUCUGCAUGUCAUCUCAAACUCGUCAACUACUGGUUGAGAGGGGUCCCCAUCAAAUUAAAGAAUUCGAGUUUCCUAUUAAUAAAGGAAAGCGUAGAUUUUUGCCCUCGUAUUAUUCGAAAGUGUUGAGCAAUGGUGAAGUCGUUGAGAGAAGUUGGCUUAUUUACUCUAUCUAG